AUGGCUACACUCGCGCACUUCAAGGUCCCCCAGAUCGACAAUGAGCCUAUGCAUUCAUAUGCACCGGGCUCCUCUCAGCGCGCUGGACUGGAAGCAGCGCUUGCGCAAAUGCAAAAAGACCUGCCCUUUGAGGUGCCAUGUAUUAUCAAUGGCAAAGAGGUCAAAACAGGUCGCAUUGCCAAGCAGUUGAUGCCUCAUGAUCACGCCAACCAUCUUUGCACAUAUCAUGAAGCUGGACCCGCUGAAGUCGAAGAGGCGAUCAAGGGUGCGCUAAGUGCCCGUUACGAAUGGGAGUCCCUCCCUUGGCCAGAUCGCGCGGCGAUUUUCCUGAGAGCCGCCGAGCUUGCAAGUGGGAAAUAUAGAUACCAGCUUAUGGCGGCCACCAUGCUCGGACAAGGGAAAAACGCGUGGCAGGCAGAAAUUGACGCCGCAGCCGAGUUAACUGAUUUCCUUCGAUUCGGAGUUAAGUUUGUUGAAGAACUUUAUCAGCAACAACCAGCAAAGAACUCGCCAGGUGUUUGGAACCGUGUGGAGUAUCGUGGUAAUUUGUCCGCCGCUCCUGCACUCGUCGGAAACGUUAUUGUCUGGAAGCCUUCCCCUGCGGCCACUUAUUCCAAUUAUAUCGUCCAUAAGAUCUUCACUGAAGCUGGGGUUCCGCCCGGUGUAAUUCAAUUCGUUCCAGGUCCACCAGCAGAUGUUGUUCAGCAGGCAAUUGCUCACCCUGAUUUCGCUGCCCUUCAUUUCACGGGAAGUACACAUGUUUUCAAGCAAUUGUGGAAGGACAUUGCUUCCAAUAUGGACAAAUACAAAGGCUACCCCCGCAUUGUGGGUGAAACCGGCGGCAAAAACUUCCAUCUCGUUCACCCUUCUGCUGAUGUCAAUAGCGUGGUCCAACAAUCUAUCCGCGCGGCUUUCGAGUACCAAGGCCAAAAGUGCUCCGCUUUGUCUCGUUUAUACGUCCCGACUUCUCUUUGGAAUGGUGGCCUCAAGGAUAAGCUACUCCAGGAGAUCGGAAAGAUUUCCGUUGGUCCCCCGACUGACCCGAAGAAUUUUGUUGGUCCCGUUAUUGGAAAGCCGGCAUUCGAAAAGAUUACUAGCUAUAUCCAAAAGGCCAAGGACGCUGGUGGUGAGAUCUUGAUCGGGGGCUCAGGCGAUUCUUCCAAGGGCUACUUUGUUCAGCCAACCGUCAUUUUAACCAAGGAUCCCAAGUCCGUUACAAUGGUCGAGGAGAUAUUUGGUCCGGUUCUGACGAUUUAUGUAUACGACGACGAGAAAUUCGACGAGACAUGCAAACUGAUUGAUAGCACUACCACUUAUGCGCUCACUGGUUCCAUCUUCUCCAAUGACCGUGCUGCGCUAAUCCGUGCGACCAACCUUCUGCGCCACGCAGCUGGUAACAUGUACUACAACGAAAAGUGCACGGGCGCUGUCGUCGGGCAGCAGCCGUUUGGUGGUGCACGAGCAAGCGGAACCAACGACAAGGCCGGAAGCAUCAGCAUCUUUUACCGGUUCGUAAGCGCGAGGAGUAUUAAAGAGGGUUUUGCCGAAUUGGGAGAUUUCAUCUACCCCUCAAAUCUGGUUUGA